UUUGUUUAGCAUCUGAAAGAAUUUGGAGAGAAAGAUUGAUGUGGUUUUUUAGCAGAAAGGGAAGUCAAUCUGGGUUCUCAGCAUAUAAUACAGCUGAAGAAGUAACACAUGGAAUUGAUGCCUCUGGUCUUACUGCCAUUGUUACUGGAUCAUCAAAUGGUAUUGGCGCUGAGACUGCGCGUGUACUUGCGAUGCGCGGAGUUCAAGUAGUCAUUGCAGUGAGGAAUACGUCUGCAGGUAUGGCUGUAAAAGAAACACUAGUAAAGGAAACACCUUCUGCCAAAGUAUAUGUAUUGGAGUUAGAUCUUAGUUCCAUGGCAUCAGUGAGAAAAUUUGUUUCCGAAUUCAAGGCCUUGAGUCUUCCACUGAACAUACUUAUUAAUAAUGCAGGCGCUAUAUGUCCCUACAAGCUUUCCCCUGACAACAUAGAGCUUCAGUUUGCAACAAAUUGUUUAGGUCAUUUUCUUUUGACUGAUCUUUUGUUGGAGACUAUGAAAUGGACUGCAUCUCGAGGUAACAUAGAAGGAAAAAUUAUCAAUGUUUCUUCUGAAGGUUACAAGUUGGCAUACAGAGAAGGGAUCCGCUUCGAUAAACUUAACGAUGAAUCAUGGUACAAUAGGUUUGGGGCAUAUGGGCAAUCAAAACUUGCAAAUAUAUUGCAUGCUAAUGAGCUCAGUAGACGCCUAAAGGAAGAUGGGAUGGAAAUAACUGCAAAUUCACUUCAUCCAGGAGCAAUUGUGACAAAUCUUUGGCAUAAUAGCAGCACCGUUUCUGGUUGGUUAACUAAAGCUUUCGGGUCUACUGUAGAAAAACUUUUGGUGAAAAAUGUUAAGCAGGGAGCAUCAACGACAUGCUAUGCUGCAUUACAUCCAAACGUCAAAGGUGUAAGUGGAAAGUAUUUUGUGGACAACAACAUUUCAGUACCAAACGCACAAGCUACAGAUACUGAAUUAGCCAAGAAACUAUGGGAUUUCAGCAUGACAUUGAUCCACCAGGGGCGGAAGCACAGGUUGACAAAACCUGGCCGUAGUCCCCCCCUUCUUCUUGUAAAACCUUACCAAGUUAAGAUUUUACCCUUAUCCAAAAUAUAAAAGUUCGGUUUAGUCCACCAAGCGCGCAUCGAUUUAGUCCACCAAGCGCUCCUCGAUUUAGUCCACCAAGCAUAGCAGUUUAGUCCACAAGAAGAACAGAGAAAAGAAAAGAUGGAGGGUUAGCUACUUAAUUGAAAUUCACUGCGAUUAUUGUUCACAAGAUCAACUAGGUAUGUCUACUAGUCGUCAAGGGCCUCAGCGAGGAAGAACUACUUUGGAAACAUAUUUCAGACCUGCAAAUCCCGAAGUUUUCCAGGUGAUAGAACAUAUUUCUGAGGCAACAAGCCUGAUGACUUGGCUACAAUAGAUGUUGAUUGGUUCCACCUUGCAAUCAUAGGGGUUUAAAGAUUGGCUUGUUGAUUUGAGGUUGAAUUUAACUGAACUCAGAUUUGUGUGCAUCUGUAUUGUUGUACUAGGAGCUGAAAUGAUUUUCGGAAGUAGUUUGAGUUUCAUGGGUAUUUGAUAAUUUUAUGAAUGGUUGAAGCUUGUGGUGAACUGGUGAGAGUUUUAUGGUUAUUCCAUGAGGAUGAGAUAUUGUUCCCACUAAAUGUAUAGCAAAUGAGACUAUAUGAAAGCAGUUUGAAUGGUUAUUUUAAUCUAACUUGUUCCAUUGGUAUUUAUAUGGUUAUAAUCUUUUUCCCAAGUUUUUGAAAUUUAGGAAGGUAUGGAACACUGUCGAGAAGUACAAGAAAGGAGAAGUACACUUUGCUCAUUUAUGGUAAUAUGCUCACGAGGAGAUUGUUGCAACUACUCGGGUGCCAUGGAGAUCUAUCUACCAACCGCGAUUUCCUCAUUUUACCAUCACUGUUGUAAGAGAACUUGAGGAUGGAACGGUUUUUGUCCGGCUGGCACACCUUUACAAGGUUAAGCAAUCUAUUCGAUGAAAGAUGAUCUCAGAAGUGUGGACAUAUUGUUUCAUGUGUUUACCUGGCUGCGACAGGAUGAAUACAGUUAUCUAACUGAAUCAAAUGUGUACAGAGUCCAGGGACGGAGCUAGAAAUUACAUUCAAGGGGGGCAAACUUAUAUAAAUUUAAUUCAAGGGGGGCAAAUAACAAAUUUUUCUGAUAAAUACUAAGGAAUUUUAAGGACUUUUAAGAGAAUAUCAUUUUUUUUAGGGGGGGCGGGAGCCACCCUUGGUUAAGCUGUAGCUCCGUCCCUGACAGAGUCCAGUAACAGUUCGUGUAAUUGCUCUGAUUUGGAAAUGUUGUGUGGAUCCUGAUAAAUGGAAUUGGAUUGGUACGUCCCAAACUGAUAGGAGUAGCAGCCGUGUUGGCUUGUUCAACUUUCCAAGGAUAAAGAGAUGCAAAGGAGUUAAUGUACCAGACAGGUGGCUUUGAUGGCAGUAUCUCGACUGUAAUCAAAGAAGAGAUCAUCCUUCUCUUCAUCAAGAACUGAUACCAACACGUCCAUGAAGUCGUUCUCAUCAUUACUGUUGUCUGCUGGUCCAUGUGAUUGUGUCCGCGAUCUCUUUUUUUCUCGAUGCUCUUCAAGCCAUUUUUCAGCAAUCAAGUCCAUCUCUUUAGCUAUCCUCUUCAUGUGUUUCUUUUGCCCAUCUAUAUCCAGCCUCCCAAGGAACGGAAGAGCAUCAGAUGCAACGUGUCAUCCUCAGUGUAGAGAGCCUUUCCUACAACCAACUUUAACACUGUAUUCAAGUGUUUGAUCUCUGAAUUGGUGACAUGCUUGAGCAACUCGAGACGCUUAUGGGAGAGUAGAAAUCUUACGUAUCUCACGCCAGUAAGGACCAUAAAAGGCGAAACCAACCAUGGCAAAGUCGUAACCGAGGUACUUGCCAGAAGCAGUAGAUGGGCGACUAGCAAGGAACUUGUCGUUGACAGUGAAGCAUUCUUUAGACAGCUCCCAACUACUCACAACUAGUGUUGGGUACAUCCCGAACCGGACCAUGAAAAUACUUCCAUACUUGUCAGCCAUGUCGCCAAGGAUUUUGGACAGAGGUGUAGAUCCUGCCAAUUGAGGAAGAUGACCUAUAAUGGGCCAUGCACCUCUGGAGGUGGUAUCUGUGACAGUUUCGUAUCGUUGGGAUCGUUGUCUCUGGGUUUCAUAUUUCUUGGCCUCAUAACUGAGAUCCAUAGAUAGUAGAAGAAGGAUAAGCAAGCAAACAAGCCUGCAAUACUUGCAAACGGGAAGUACUGGUAAAUGAAAUCUACCAUUUUUUAGCAUACGGAGACGAUGAUAACAAGAAGGUGAGUGGGUGACUAUCUUCAAGGGGAACUGAUAAAGGAUGGUAUGAACAAUACUCGAGCAUUAUCUCUUUUGAAACUGAUAUAUGACUAAUGUAAGUCAAAUUAGGUGUCCAAGUAUGAUAAUAUUUUCUUUCAAAAACCAAGAAACGGUCACAUGUGGAUAUCUUUGGUUCACAAGCUUUUUGUUUUGAUCCAUAUGGAGAAUUUUUGGUUGGACA